GUUGUGUAUUUUUGCUCUUGAUUGUAACAGAACAACGAUGUUGGGGUAUCUUAAUCUUUUCCUUAUUGUACUGUUUGCAUCUGGCUUGGUUUUGGCUGAGGAGUACAAUUGCAUUAAAUACGCAAAUUCCGAAUCUGAUAAUAUCCCGAUACCUGUUUGUCGUGAGGAAUGCAUUGGACGUGUGCCAGAUUGUAAGCCAAAUUGUUAUGAUAAGUGUCCUGAGCACAGUAAAUGCGUAGAACCUGAAAUCUGUAAGUGCGAUAAAGGAUACGUUAAGAAUGGACCUGAUACGAAUAUGACUUGUAACCCAAUAGUAUGUCCGCUAAACAGUCAAAUUGUUAAUGAUACUACUUGCAAAUGUUUUGAUGGCUACAAAGGAGAUAUAGUCGAAAUGAAUGCGAUUCUUCAGAGCUGCGAACCUAUUUGUGAACCGAGUUGCCCCGCUCAUAGCUUCUGCGCCUCGCCAAAUAAAUGUGAGUGCGAUAAAGGAUACGUUAAGAAUGGACCUGAUACGAAUAUGACUUGUAACUUAUUAGUAUGUCCGUCAAACAGUCAAAUGGUUAAUGAUACUACUUGCAUAUGUCGUGAUGGCUACCAAAAAGUCGAAAGGAAUGCGAUUCUUCAGAGCUGCGAACCUAUUUGUGAACCGAGUUGCCCCGCUAAUAGUUUCUGCGCCUCGCCAAAGAAAUUCAAAUGGUUAAUGAUACUACUUGCAUAUGUCCUGAUGGCUACCAAAAAGUCGAAAGUCUUCAGAGCUGCGAACCUAUUUGCGAACCGAGUUGCCCCGCUAAUAGUUUCUGCGCCUCGCCAAAAAAAUGUAAGUGCGUUCGCGGUUAUGAGAUCGAUGAAAUGAGUGAUGAUGACCCUACAAAAUUGAAGCAUUGCAAACCUGUUUGCAAUGCGGAGUGCCCCGAGAACUCGGUCUGCGUCUCUCCAGAUGAUUGCAAGUGUAACC